AUAAAUAAGAGCAUUUGGUUUGCCCAAAGCUACGUUCGUAGUCCUAUUUAUAAUAUUAAAGGAAAUAAUUCUGUAGUAGAACUUUUCCGGAAACCCUGGCUGCUGUUUGAUGCCUUUCAGUCUGUGCUCGUCUAACUUGACAAAGCUUUGACCACGAAUGAGCCAAUAGGCUGUGGAAGGCAGAGUUGUCCCUGUGGCCGCCAUUAAAGAAAGGAAUCCAUGAAUUCAAAUGGAAACCAACAGGAACGGAGGAUGAAAUAAUGAUCGAUAUAAUCCUUAAAAUAUAGGCUGAUGUCAGAUUUGGAGAGUUUUUUAAGGAUGAAUUUAGUUUUUAGACGGAAUUUUGCGAUGGAGGAGUAAGACGGGACGUUUUUAUUUUUUAAAGCAGAGACCGUUUUAGGGCUAAGGGGGAGGGGGAGAGUUGUUUCUUUGCUCUCCUUUUCUUUUUGUUUUAUAAACAUUUGUCGCUUCCUUCAGCUUGUUUUUACUACGUGCUUCUGAGAUGUCGACAUAGAGACCACACAGUCUGUUUAUCCGCUUUUAGCUCCGGCGGAGAACUGCUAUCGGAAGGUUGUUGAAUUAACUCUCGUCCAGCCAAAUGUUACAAAAAAUAUUUCUCGUUUAUUAAGUCUGUAGAUAUUAGAAAACAGCAAUCCGCAAAUUGUUUUUUUAUUUCCCGGGAAGUGAAAUGAUGGAGAGCUGGAUCUCGCAGUGAAGAAGGAUGAGUUCUUGUUUUGUACCAAACGGGGCCAGCUUGGAGGAUUGCCAUUCCAAUCUAUUCUGUCUGGCUGACUUGACAGGGAUCAAAUGGAAGAGGUUUGUGUGGCAGGGUCCCACCUCUGCACCCAUCCUCUUCCCAGUGACAGAGGAGGACCCCAUCCUAUGCAGCUUCAGCCGCUGCCUGAAGGCUGACGUUCUAAGCGUAUGGCGGCGCAGUCAGAGACAAGGCCGGAGGGAACUUUGGCUCUUCUGGUGGGGGGACAACCCCAACUUUGCCGAUCUCAUCCACCACGAACUUGCAGCUGAGGAUGAUGGGCUGUGGGAGAACGGCCUUUCCUACGAGUGUCGUACGCUGCUGUUCAAAGCCAUCCACAACUUGCUGGAGCGCUGCCUCAUGAAUCGCAGCUUUGUUCGCAUCGGAAAGUGGUUUGUCAAACCCUACAAGAAGGAUGAGAAGCCCAUCAACAAGAGCGAGCACCUAUCCUGCGCCUUCACCUUCUUCUUGCACGGUGAGAGCAAUGUGUGCACCAGUGUGGAGAUCAACCAGCACCAGCCCGUCUACCAUCUGACGGAGGAGCACCUCACCCUGGCUCAGCAGGCAUCCAGCCCCUUCCAAGUGAUCUUGAGUCCUUUCGGCCUGAAUGGGACACUGACAGGCCAGUCGUUCAAGAUGUCAGAUCCACCCACCCAGAAGCUUAUUGAAGAGUGGAACCAGUUCUAUCCCAUCAGCCCCAGCGCCAAGGACAGUGUGUCAGAGGACAAAGUGGAAGACAUGGACUGGGAAGAUGAUUCUCUAGCCUCUGUGGAGGUCCUUGUUGGUGGUGUGCGGAUGGUGUACCCAGCAUGCCUGGUGCUGGUGCCCCAGUCAGACAUCCCUGUUGUGGCCCCUGUGGGGUCCUCCCACUGCACUGCCCUCUACUCGGGUGGCCACCAAGUGCCUGCUUCCCAGCGAGAGCCUGCCAUGUCUUUGGUGACCCUCACCCCUCCCACAUCGCCUGAGGCGGCGCAGACAGUGGACUCUCACUCAGCCCAGAAGUGGGUUAAAAUCCCCUCAUCAUCCGAUGUAUUCAGUGUGGACAGAACAAGUCACCAUGGAGGCAAGAUUCCACGGCGGCUAGCCAGCCAGGUUGUGGAGCGUGUCUGGCAAGAGUGCAAUAUCAACCAAGCCCAGAACAAGAGGAAGUUUUCUGCUGCGACCAAUGGUACCUGUGAAGAAGAGCUGAUGGAAAAAGUGGGAGCCUGGGAUUUUGUGGAGCCGUCAGAGAGGGCAUGUUGCAGCUGCUCAAGAUACAAAUCAGUAAAGCAGCGAACAGGCAGCACCCCAGGCCAAGCUCAGUCUGCAGGUCAGCCCUCCCAACCUCCCACCAAGCACAAAGCUGGAGGAGAGAAACCAGAGAAAGGCGACAAGCAGCAGAAAAGACCCCAGACACCCUUCCAUCAUCGUAGCCUGACCAGCGAUGAGGCCUCAAUAGAAACCGAGCCAGCAACAGGCCAAAGAUUGGCCAUGAGGGGCCAGGAUGGGGGAAGAUUCCCUAGUAUUCGCUCUGCAGAUGUGUCUGCUAUCCAAAGAGCCCCCCAACUCCACACUGGUGGGGUCAGUGCUGGGACAUCUGAACAAGUCAACUCCCCCCAACCACCACCACUUAGCCCCCACCCCUGCGAGCGUGGCGAGGAGUCAGGGGAGGGCAUGAAGAACCUUUCAACCCCCAACAGCCAACACUUUUACCAGCCACCCCCAGAGCCCUGCCUGGCUGGGGUGAAGGGUGGUGGAGAGGAGCCCGGAGGGCCAGAAAGUCUGAAUCAGCACUUCCAUUCCCAUCACCCCCAUCCUGGAGUCUCAGCCUUUUCCGAGCCUCCUGAGCCCACUGUGUAUGUAGGCGCAGCGGUCAACUUAGAGGAAGACGGCUCCCAUGCUCCAUGGAGAUUAUUCAACCUACCCCGCAGGAAAGAACCUGACGUGCCCACACCACUGUUGCCAGGAGACAAGCUAAGGGAUGAGGCCUCAGUGUCGCAGGACAGCUUGGUGUCGGUCACAGAGAUGAUGUCCACGUCUAAAUGGCCACUGAAAGUGUCCGAAGAACGGGUUCAGAUGUAUAGAGCCAGGAGAAACCAGUACCUAUCUGCUGCCAUAACUGAUGGAGAUCACGAGCCAGAGGUGGACCCCUAUGCCUUUGAGGAUGGAGAUGUCAAGUUCACAUUCUCCAACAAGAAGGAUAAGGCAGGGGGGGAACGUGAGCCAGGCAAGAAACAUAAGGGUGAAGAUGGAGGAACAGGUCCAUCAGAUGACGCUCAGCGGGGAGCUGCUCACAACCGCAUGGCUUCCACUAGCCUGAUCCAUGAGACAGACCUAGCGGUGUCCAUCAACGACCUGGACAACCUCUUCAACUCAGACGAGGAUGAUCUGACACCUGGUUCCAGGCGUCCUGUGAACGGAACAGAUGACAAAUUUGGCGGCAAAGAACCAAAGUCAUCCACUUUAGACCCUGUGUCCUGCAUUAGUAUGUAUCUCUACAUCUCUCUACUGAUGUCUCUCUUUUUCCUAGCUCACAUCAUGGGCUACUCACCCAUGAACAUGUGUAACAAGGAGUAUGGCAGCAUGGAACCCAGCAUAGGCAUGACCAUGCUGGAUGGCACCUCAUCUCUAGCAGGCCUCUUCAAGAUUGAGGUGGAGGAGAGCUUCUGCAGCCCCAAGCCUUCUGAGAUCAAGGACUACUCAUUUGUGUACAAGCCAGAGCUGUGCCAGCCAUUUGUAGGCUGCUCUAUGUUUGCUCCUCUGAAAACAUUGCCCAGUCAGUGUCUCCCACCUGUCAAAAUACCAGAGGACUGCAUCUACCGACAGAGCUGGACCAUGGGCAGGGAGAUGCUGAAUCCAGUGCCUGUCAUGGCCUUCCUCAAUAAGGAUAGUAACAUCCCCAGUGUGGGAAGCACUAUGGACCAGGACUACAGCCAGACCUACACCCCUCAGACCCAUACGCCCUUCAUGUCAAACAGUGCUCCACCAAGUAACAGUGGUGCUGGCAUUCUGCCUUCUCCUGCCACCCCGCGUUUCUCUGCUCCCACCCCACGUACACCACGCACUCCACGCACACCUCGGGGCCCUUCCAGUGUCCAGGGCUCACUCAAGUAUGAGAACUCUGACCUGUACUCACCAGCGUCUACCCCUUCCACCUGCCGACCGCUGAACUCAGUGGAGCCAGCCACAGUACCUUCCAUCCCCGAGGCGCACAGCCUCUACGUCAACCUCAUCCUCUCAGAGUCAGUCAUGAACCUUUUCAAGGACUGCAACUUUGACAGCUGCUGCAUCUGUGUGUGUAACAUGAACAUAAAAGGAGCCGAUGUGGGUGUGUACCUGAGCGACCCCAUUGGUGAAGCCCAGGAACCCUGCAGCUGUGGCUUCAGCGCUGUAGUCAACCGGCGUUAUGGCAACAGCUCAGGCCUCUUCCUUGAGGAUGAGCUGGAUAUCAUCGGCCGCGGUUCGGACAUCAGCAGAGAGGCAGAAAAACGCUUUGAGGAACUGCGGCUCUUGUCGCUGGAGAGAACUGGAAGUGGGAGAGGUGACUGUGUCCCAGAUGAGCUCAUUCUCCUCCUGCAGGACCAAUGUACCAAUCCUUUUUCACCCAUUUCAAUCCUGGAGCAUAACAUAGUGACACAGGGGCCAAGUGGGACCCCUGUACCACCCUGUGUGAGGGUGGAGGAGAGGGACUACCACAGUGACUGCUACAUGGCCCUGGAGCAUGGCAGGCAAUUCAUGGACAACAUGUCAGGUGGCAAGGUGGAUGAGGCUCUGGUCAAGAGCACCUGCUUGCACCACUGGGACAAACAAAACGCAGUGGACGUGAGCGCACUGUGCUCUCAGGACGUGCUGCGAGUGCUGAUGUCCCUUCAGCCUGUACUCCAGGAUGCAAUCCAAAAGAAGAGGACUGUGCGCUCAUGGGGCGUUCAGGGUCCUCUCACCUGGCAGCAGUUCCACAAGAUGGCUGGACGUGGCUCUUAUGGCACAGACGAGUCCCCAGAGCCCCUACCCAUCCCCACCUUCCUGGUGGGUUAUGAGUAUGACUUUUUGGUGCUGUCUCCUUUUGGCCUGCCGUACUGGGAGAAACUGUUGCUGGAUCCUUUUGGCUCUCAGCGGGACAUUGGGUACCUCGUGAUUUGUCCUGACAAUGAGGCCCUGCUCAGCGGUGCCAAAAGCUUCUUCCGAGAUCUCACAGCUGUCUAUGAGUCAUGUCGGCUGGGCCAGCACCGGCCCAUCUCCAAAGACUACCCUGAUGGUAUAGUCCUUGUUGGUGGCAAAGGAGCCAAGAACCUUGUGGAUCAGCCAGUCAGUGACUGGUUCCUCAAGGCUUCAAGCGGCAAUAGCGACACCUUUAACAAGCUCAAACUCUAUGCACAAGUGUGCCGCCACAGCCUCGGGCCAACUAUUGUUCCCUGCCAGUACCUGCUUCAACCCGUACGAGGCGAGGACCAUCACAUCUACGCCCAGCACCUCAAAUCUCUAGCCUUCUCUGUCUUCGCUCGGUGCAGACGGCCACUACCCGCUUCCACCAAUGUCAAGUCACUCACAGGCUUCGGCCCAGGCUUGGCCAUUGACACUGCCCUGAAAAGCCCAGAGAGGCCAGAGUGUCUGCGUUUGUAUACACCCCCCUUUAUCUUAGCACCGGUAAAGGACAAGCAGACGGAGCUCGGGGAGACGUUCGGUGAGGCAUCACAGAAAUACAACGUGCUGUUUGUAGGGUACUGUUUGUCACAUGACCAGCGCUGGCUCCUGGCUACUUGCACUGACCUGUAUGGGGAACUCUUGGAGACCUGCAUCAUCAACAUUGAUGUCCCCAACAGGGCCCGGAGGAAAAAGGGCUCGGUCCGGCGGCUCGGCCUACAGAAGCUGUGGGAUUGGUGCUUAGGGCUGGUGCAGAUGACGUCAGUCCCCUGGAGGGUGGUGAUCGGUCGACUGGGCAGGAUAGGACACGGAGAGCUAAAAGACUGGAGUAUUCUGCUGAGCAGACGAAACCUCCAGUCACUGAGUCGCCGCCUGAAGGAAAUGUGUCGAAUGUGUGGCAUCUCUGCCUCAGAUACUCCCAGCAUUCUCAGUGUGUGCUUGGUCGCCAUGGAACCCCAGGGAUCCUUUGUCAUCAUGCCAGACUCGGUGUCAACAGGCUCAGUGUUUGGCCGCAGCACCACCCUGAACAUGCAGACGUCACAGCUGAGCACCCCACAGGACACCUCCUGCACCCACAUCCUGGUCUUCCCCACCUCCGCCUUUGUAGCCAGCUCCAAUUACACCAACAUCGACCCCAACAUCGACAUUCUCAAUGCCACCACUGAUGGGUUCUUUGACCUGCUGGACCCAGAGAAUGAGUUGGUAGACCCAGACAUUAUUAACAUUUCGCCCACAACUUCACCAGUACACUCCCCUGGCUCUCAUUACCACCAUGGAGGUGAUGGCAGUAAGGGCCAGAGCACAGACCGCAUGGAGUCUCAUGAAGAGGUCCCUAACCUCCUGCAGCAGCCUUUGGCCCUUGGCUACUUUGUGUCCACGGCUAAAGCUGGCCCACUACCGGACUGGUUCUGGUCAGCCUGUCCACAGGCUCAGAACCAGUGUCCACUUUUCCUCAAGGCCUCUUUGCACCUCCAUGUGUAUUCAGUACAAUCAGAUGAACUACUGCACAGCAAACACUCCCACCCCCUCGACUCCAAUCAGACCUCAGAUGUGCUCAGAUUUGUGCUGGAACAAUACAACGCCCUCUCCUGGCUGACGUGUGACCCGGCCACACAGGACCGACGAUCGUGUCUGCCCAUUCACUUUGUGGUGCUCAACCAGCUGUACAACUUCAUUAUGAACAUGUUGUAACCAGCAGCCUGUUACAAGGGGGAUGUAGGGCAAGCAUUUCAGAGGAGAGGGAACUGACGACUUCAAAGGGGGUAUCGUCAAGACUGAAGAAAACUGCAAGGACCAGACUCAGCCCAGAGGAAUCGAGCUGGCUCCUGCACUGAGAAGGGAUUAGACGGCUGUUUAAAGCUGAGACAGUCCUGUCCCCCAUGGCUGCUUCUGGCUGAGAUGGUCCUGUCCUUGUGAUGUAAAGACACACACAGAGACAAGGGAAUAAAGAUGAGGGAGAAACCAGAAGUUGAGUUGCAAUUAAUGAACAUGAGAGAAUGACAGAUGGGUUGCCAUGGUAUGUAGUAUGGCAGCACAGUCACUGGCCAGUCUGUAUUGGAGAGACGAGUCUGUCUGUAAAAUUAGUGGAAGAAAAGGGACAUAUUUGAUCAAGGAGAGAAACUCGAGAAUGCAUCUUUGGUUUUAAGACCGGAAAUUUCUUUUUAAUCCUUUGGAUGAAAAAGUAUCCAAAUGAAAUGCCUGCAUCUAUCUUAUUUAUUAAGUUUUUAAAUGUAUAAUUUGUCUUAUUUCUUAACCUCUUUUAUAUAUUAAAUGGAGAAGGUUUAUAUCACCUUCCUGCUUUAAAGCAAUUGGUCUAAGAUAUAUGUAAUUGUCUUAAUUAAAAAACAACCAGGAAAAAAAUCCCAUAAAAACUAAAGUCCCCGGUAGGUUGCUUUUAGAGUAUUAUUUUUUGUAAUGCAGACAGAAUAUUUGUAUUGUCAA